CAGCCGACUUAAUAUCUACACCUCACCACCAACAAAAUCACCAAUUGACCCCUCAAUUGACCAUGAACGUAGCGCCUCGACUCGCGCGAAGCUCAGCCCGCGCGGCUUCUUCACAAUGGUCAUGUUUCUUCUGCCAGAAUGCCCGCCCGAAGCUCCAGCGGAAUGCCUUCAACUUUGCCCGCAAUGCAUCGAAUAACGCCCGCGCGGGACAGCCUUAUACACCGACGAUGGACGAGAUUCGUGCGCAUUAUAGCAAGAAGAACAGAACCGUAGCGUACUAUGUCUUGAGUACAAUCCUCGGAUUUGUAACCCUCACUUAUGGCUCUGUGCCCUUAUACAAGAUGAUCUGCCAGACUACCGGCUGGGGCGGUCAACCUGUACGUGCCCACGGCGGUCCAGGAUCAGGUGAUGACGGCGAUCUCGCAAGUCGACUCGUGCCCGUCAAAGACGCAAAGCGAAUCAAAGUCACAUUCAGUGCCUCUGUGUCCGAUGUCCUGCCCUGGAAGUUCGUCCCUCAGCAGCGAGAAGUGCGAGUUCUCCCCGGUGAGACCGCACUGGCUUUCUACAAGGCCACCAACAAUAGUGACCAGGACAUCAUCGGAGUUGCUACCUACAGUGUGACACCUGGCCAGUGUGCGCCUUACUUCAGCAAGAUCCAGUGUUUCUGCUUCGAGGAGCAGCGCCUCAAUGCGGGCGAGACUGUGGACAUGCCCGUAUUCUUCUACUUGGAUCCCGAUCUGCUCAAUGAUAUGAAUAUGAGGGGCGUAGAGACGGUGACAUUGAGUUACACCUUCUUCAAAGCAAGAUACGAUGACAAUGGCCGAUUCCAGAGACCUAUGUCUGCAUAGAUGAAUAUGUUGGAUUAUGUACAAUACGUUGUAAAAUAUAUGCAUACCACACAGCUAUUUCGGAUUAGACAUCCAUGUCUGUGACAUUGAAGACUAUGACUUUGUAUCACACGGAUUCAAGUCCAUGGAUCAACACUUGUUUCCAGUCAAAACUCCUUCUAUAAAACUUCGAAUUCCUCCGCAUGUACCAUUAACAUCCGACAUCAUGCAAAUUCUUCUCA